AUGCGGGGAAUGCACAGUACCCUACACAGCAGAGCCCACAGCAGAAGGCAGGCGGGAUCAUCAGCUCCUCUCCAGAGUUUCCACCGGAGACUCCCGGUUCACCUCGGCCAGUUGGUCUGCCGCCGGCCUCAGGCGGGGCGAGGGAAGGCCUCCCCUCGCUCCAAACCGCCGGCCUCAGGCGGGGCGAGGGAAGGCCUCCCCUCGCUCCAAACCGCCGGCCUCAGACGGGGCGAGGGAAGGCCUCCCCUCGCUCCAAACCGCCGGCCUCAGGCGGGGCGAGGGAAGGCCUCCCCUCGCUCCAAACCGCCGGCCUCAGACGGGGCGAGGGAAGGCCUCCCCUCGCUCCAAACCGCCGGCCUCAGACGGGGCGAGGGAAGGCCUCCCCUCGCUCCAAACCGCCGGCCUCAGACGGGGCGAGGGAAGGCCUCCCCUCGCUCCAAACCGCCGGCCUCAGACGGGGCGAGGGAAGGCCUCCCCUCGCUCCAAACCGCCGGCCUCAGGCGGGGCGAGGGAAGGCCUCCCCUCGCUCCAAACCGCCGGCCUCAGACGGGGCGAGGGAAGGCCUCCCCUCGCUCCAAACCGCCGGCCUCAGGCGGGGCGAGGGAAGGCCUCCCCUCGCUCCAAACCGCCGGCCUCAGACGGGGCGAGGGAAGGCCUCCCCUCGCUCCAAACCGCCGGCCUCAGGCGGGGCGAGGGAAGGCCUCCCCUCGCUCCAAACCGCCGGCCUCAGGCGGGGCGAGGGAAGGCCUCCCCUCGCUCCAAACCGCCGGCCUCAGGCGGGGCGAGGGAAGGCCUCCCCUCGCUCCAAACCGCCGGCCUCAGACGGGGCGAGGGAAGGCCUCCCCUCGCUCCAAACCGCCGGCCUCAGGCGGGGCGAGGGAAGGCCUCCCCUCGCUCCAAACCGCCGGCCUCAGACGGGGCGAGGGAAGGCCUCCCCUCGCUCCAAACCGCCGGCCUCAGGCGGGGCGAGGGAAGGCCUCCCCUCGCUCCAAACCGCCGGCCAAGUAUAAAAUGUGCCGAGCCAGCUGA